AUGUCGCGCAGAUCAAGUCGUAAGACAGAAAAUCUAUCUCUGGAUCCCGAAUCAUUAACCACUCGAUCUGCAAUUCCCAAAAGAGGUCGCAAGGUCGUGAAGGUUGAGACAACAGAAGUGGCUGCACAAGUCGCGAAAUCUUCCACCAAGACCACGAAGAGGACCGUGAAGGCAGAAAUACACUCGGACGAGGAAGCGGAACAAGAAGCACCAUCGCCGACAAAGAUCAAAACGACCAAAGUAAAGGCAGAAACCGUGGUAGAGGAGAAAGUGACCAAACCAAAGAAAGUAGUAAAACGCAAAGUCAAGGACGAGUACGACGAGAACGAAGACCCGGAAGAUAACAAGUCGAAGAAGAAACGCAAGACAAAGGAGGAGAAAGAAGCCGAGGCUAUGCCUCUUGCCACUCGUACAGCAGUUGGAGGCCUAAAGUCGGCAAUGCACAUCGGUGCCCACGUCUCUGCUGCAGGAGGUGUUCAGAACUCGAUAAAUAAUGCUCUCCAUAUUGGUGGCAAUUCCUUUGCCUUGUUCCUCAAAUCCCAACGAAAGUGGACCAGUCCUCCCCUCGCACCAGAAGCUAGAGACCAAUUCAAGGCAUUCUGCCUUGAACACAAGUUCGAUGCUGCGAAGCAUGUCCUCCCCCACGGGUCAUACCUCGUAAAUCUUGCUCAGCCAGAUCCUGAGAAAGCCACGCAGGCGUACAACUGCUUCUUGGACGACCUACAACGGUGUGAAGCCCUGGGAAUCAAGCUGUACAACUUUCACCCCGGCUCUACUGGCAAGCACCCGCGACUAGAAGCAAUUGCUCGUAUAGCCGCUCAGCUGAACAAAGCACACAAGGCAACCAGUUCAGUGAUUACCGUUUUGGAGAAUAUGGCUGGUAGUGGCAAUGUGAUCGGCGCUACAUGGGAGGAUCUUCGGGAUAUUAUUGCUCUUGUCGAUGACAAAAGUCGUGUCGGUGUAUGCAUUGACACCUGUCAUACUUUUGCAGCUGGGUAUGACCUACGAUCACCCGAUGCUUUCAAGAAGACUAUGGACAGCUUCUCAGAAACCGUUGGGAUGUCAUACCUGAAGGCUCUCCAUCUAAACGAUAGCAAGACGCCGCUAUCCUCCAACCGGGACCUACACGCAAAUAUUGGCACUGGUUUCCUUGGACUGCGAGCCUUUCAUAAUGUGGUCAAUUUCGCCCCAUUCCAAGAUCUCCCGAUGGUCCUGGAGACUCCCAUUGAAAAGAAGGGUGCUGAUGGGAAAGCUGUGGAAGAUAAGGGAGUUUGGGCUACGGAAAUCAAACUUCUCGAGGGCCUCAUUGGGGCUGAUCCUGAUACGAAGGAGUUCAAGGAAGAAGAGCAACGGCUUCAAGAUCUCGGAGCUGAGGAGCGGAAGAAAUAUCAGGGACAGGUUGACAAGAAGCAACAGAAAACUCUGGAUUCAAUGUUCAAAAAGGCACCUGCAAAAAAGAAAAAGGCUAAGAAGGAGGAAGACGAAGACGUGUCGGAUGACAGCGAAGGUACAUGUAGCCACUAG